GGGUGACGAGGACACCCCGUACCCCACCCGGCACUCGGAGCCGUACCCGCUCAGCAAAGCCCAGGCCGAGAGACUCGUCCUGGAGGCCAACGGGGCCCCCGUGUCGGGGGGGUCCCGCCUGGUGACGGUGUCGCUGCGGCCGACGGGGAUUUUUGGGGAGCGUCACCCCCUCCUCGAGCUCUUCUACCGCCGGGGGAGGGGCCUGGGGGGGUGGCUGCCCCGCACCCUCCCCCCCAACGCCGAGCACGGCAGGGUCUACGUGGGGAACGUGGCCUGGAUGCACAUCCUGGCCGCCCGGGCCGCCCGACGCUGCCCGGCCUCGGUGGCGGGCGAGGUUUUCUUCUGCUACGACGAGUCCCCGUUCCUGGCCUACGAGGAGUUCAACCUGCGCCUCCUGGGGCUGCGGGCGGGGGGUCCCCGGCCCCCCCGGGCCCUGCUGGAGCUGCUGGCCCGGCUCAACGCCCUGCUGCGGGUCCUGCUGGGCCCCCUGGGGGGGUUCGCCCCCCUGCUCAACCCCUACACCUUGGCCGUGGCCUCCACCCCCUUCACCGUCCGCACCCGCAAGGCCCGGCAGCGCUUCGGCUUCCGGCCCCUCUUCUCCUGGGAGCAGGCCCGGGACAGGACCCUGGGGUGGGUCCGGCAGCUGGGCACGGCCUGAGGGGCAGGCCCGGGGGGGGUUGGGCUUUAAUCCUGGUCCUGGGGGAGAUCCGAGUCAGGAUUUGGGUUUAAUUCUGGUCCUGGGGGAGAUCCGGGUCGGGAUUUGGGUUUAAUUCUGGUCCUGGGGGAGAUCCGGGUCGGGGUUUGGCUUUAAUCCUGGUCCUGGGGGAGAUCCGGGUCGGGGUUUGGCUUUAAUCCUGGUCCAGGGGGAAAUCCGGGCUGGGAUUUGGCUUUAAUCCUGGUCCUGAGGGAAAUCCGGGCUGGGAUUUGGGUUUAACCCUGGUCCUGA